AUGGGUCGGAGGUAUCCCGACAGCAAAAACCAUCCUUUUAACAAAGUCAGGUUUGCUGCCGCUUACCUAAUGGAAUUACUCAUGCCACUCAAGCCAGAGGGCAACUCACCGCUAGACGACAAGCUAGACGUACGCGAGAUGUUUUGCACGGCCACCAUUUCCGACGUGGCGUGUCGGAACGGUGAUAGAUCUGUUCUAGCGCUCCUUCGAGAAAGCAAGCCACAGUCAUUCCACUGGUCAGCUUCCUCGUCCGUUCACCGGAGCCCGUGUCCUAAGAAGGACUGUCCGUCGCCGGAUCUGGACAUUUUCUUCAAGGCAAAGCUUUCCAGAGGCUCGGAGCUGGCUGCUCGGACGAACGGCGCAUGCCGAGCUGUCCGGACGCACGACCCGACGCCGUCGACUGAAGGCUUCGGAUUGAGCUCUGAAGAUGGAAACGCAACACAACAGGACCCAUCUACCCCUGGCGUUAGCGCCCGUGGGAACUGGGAGGGCCUGCUCUAA